UGUCGAGAUCACCACGGAGUAUAUCCCGCAUAUUAAUCCUCGCAACAUUCUUUCUUCUGAACCACCUCGGGGGUUUCACUUACCAAGUACCCUUUCGAAGGCUAUUAUAUUAUGGAACCGCUCUGACCACCCAAAAAUUAGCCUGAAUCGCUUCGGCAGGGCAGGGCCGGCAGGCUGCCCUUAUCCACCUCAACCAUGAUCCCUUGCUCCAUGUUCGCAACCGUUGCCCUAGUCGUGGCCUUUCUCAUCCAAACAGCCGCAGCACGGAAAAACCUCAUCCUCGACACGGAUAUAUUCAGCGAUUGCGACGACGCGGCUGCCCUCCUCCUCGCUGCCACCUCUCCCGACGUCAAGCUCCUCGCAGUGAACGUCAACUCGCACUCGACCUACUCCGCGCUCGCCACCUCCGCCAUCCUCGCCCACUAUGAUCACGCCCACACUCCCGUGGGCGCCCGCCGCCCGCUGACCAACGACACGUUCUUCGAUGCCAAGGACUUUGAGCUGGGCGAGUUCGCCAGCAAAGUGGCCCGCCACUGGUCCGGCGGCACCCUCCCCUGGGGCACCGCCGAGAAGGCCUGGGACCCCAUCACGCUGUACCGCAGGACGCUCGCCGCCUCCGAGGACGGCAGCGUCUCCAUCGUCUCCCUCGGCUUCCUCGACAACCUAGCCGGCCUCCUCGACUCGACCGCCGAUGACUACUCCGACCUCUCCGGCCCGGACCUCAUCUCCGCCAAGGUCUCCGAGCUGGUCGUCAUGGGCGGAGGCUACCCGUCCGGCUACGAGUUCAAUUUCUUCGCCGACGACCCUUCCACCACCGCCCACGUCAUCAACGACUGGCCGGGCCGCAUGGUCUUCUCCGGUUUCGAGCUCGGCCAAUCCGUCAUGUCCGGCGACCGCUUCGUGGCCGAGGGCCCGCCCGGCGACCCCGUCCGCGCCGCCUACAUCUACCACUCCUACGGCGCACCCCACCCGUCCUGGGACCCCAUCACCGUCCUCUAUGCCAUCCGGGGACUCAGCGACACUUUCGAGUACGGCAACCGCAGGGGCUACAACCACGUCGAACCCGACGGCACCAACGCUUGGGUGGACGAUGCCAACGUCAGGAACCAGCAUUGGCUCCGACUGAAGCUCGGAAACGACACCGUCGGCGCCGAGCUCGACAGGCUUUACUUGGAGGCUGCUUGGGUCGCUGACAAUCCUCUUGUCCAAGCUGAAAUGUCUUGGAGAUCCCAUCGGCCAAUCUUCCCCAAGGCGGAGCUUUGAAGCGGCAGCUUUAUGCCGCAAUUUGCACUUGCUUUAGGAUUGCUUGAACAUGUGCUGUACGUUGCCUCCUCAUCAACAUGUAGGUAGGUAGAAUAUAUCACGUUUGAACUGGCCAACGUCCCAGCGCUACCACCUUGAUGGCGAAAGGGCAAAGUCAAACACAGAUGCCGUUCCUCAUUGCUCUUCUCCCUGGCCUCGUUUGCGUCCCACUCAAUGUUCUUAUUACCGCCAGCUUUUUCUCCAAUAGAUUCAAGAAUGACCACCACUUCGGGAGUUCCACUAAGACGAGC